GUUCGAGGCCAGCGACCUGCUGCUGGGACUGAACUUCUCAAAGGUGCUGACCAGUCUGGUUUCCCUGAAUAAAGUCACUGCAGAUAUUGGCGUGGGCAGUGACUCGGUGUGCGCCCGGCACUCUUCAGCUCAUCGCAUCAAGUCGUUCGACUCGCUCUCCUCUCAGGCUUCACUGGCCCGAUCCUCCAAGCUGCUGCAGAACCAGUUUCGCAGUCUGGACAUGUCGGAAAACAGCGGACAGCAGCUGCUGGUGAAAGCGCGUUUCAGCUUUGCGCAGAACAAUGAGGAUGAGCUCUCCUUUAGUAAGGGUGACCUCAUCAGCGUGAUGCGUCAGGAGGACGGCGGCUGGUGGGAGGGGAUGGUCAACGGCCGGUCGGGAUGGUUUCCUAGCAACUAUGUCCGUGAGGUCAAAGGCUCCGCUCCGGACAAACAAGACAAAGUGUCCCCAAAGUCUGGCACCAUGAAGAGUCCUCCUAAAGGCUUCGACACCUCCGCCAUCAGCAAGACGUACUAUAACCUGAGUCCCAACUUGAAAAGGAUCCUGAGACGUGACGUGUUGGGGGAGUUUAUGGAGGGGCGAGGUGCCUCCACACCCGGGAUCCUCACCCUGACCACCGGCCUCAGUAAACCCUUCAUGAGACUCGCCAAAUACCCAAACCUACUCAAAGAGCUGGAGAGGCACAUGGAGGAGAGUCAUCCUGACCGGCCAGACAUUCAGAAGUGCAUGGCCUCUUUCAAGAAUCUGUCUGCUCAGUGCCAGGAGGUGAGGAAGCGUAAGGAGCUGGAGCUGCAGAUCCUCACCGAGGCCAUCCGGCUGUGGGAGGGGGACGACAUCAAGACCCUGGGCUCCGUCCUCUACAUGAGUCAGGUGUUGGUGCAGAGUCCCGGCUCAGAGGAGAAGAGUGAGCGUUACCUCAUGCUCUUCCCUCACGUCCUCCUCAUGUUGUCUGCCAGUCCCAGGAUGAGCGGCUUCAUAUUCCAGGGAAAACUGCCCCUGGCCAGCAUGACAGUGACCAAACUAGAAGACUGCGAAGCCCAUAAAAACGCAUUUGAGCUCAACGGCACGAUGUUUGAGCGUCUGCAGGUGGUGUGCACCAACCAGCAGGACCUGCAGGACUGGGUGGAGCACCUGAGAGGGCAGAUCAAGCACACCGCGGCCACCGGGCCCAGCCACAAACCCCUCACAAAUCCCUGCCACACGCUCCCGUCUCACCCUCUCACCCCGUCCCGGCAUGCUGAAGGGAGGGGCAUGACGGUAGCUCCCACCUACCACACCCUGCCUCACCCGUCCUCCCAUGGCUCAUCUCACAGCACCAUGAUGUGGGGCCCACUGGAGCAGCCCAACACCCCCAAACCCUGGAGCCUGAGCUGUCUGCGACCCGCACCCCCUCUACGCCCCUCUGCAGCCCUCUGCUACAAGGAGGAUCUUAGUAAAAGUCCUAAGAGUGUGAAGAAACUGCUUCCCAAGCGCAAGCCUGAGAGGAAACAGUCUGAGGAGGAAUUUGCCUUGAGGAAGAGUACCGCUGCUCUGGAAGAAGAUGCCCAGAUCCUGAAAGUUAUCGAGGCAUACUGCACCAGCGCCAAAACCAGGCAGACUCUGAACUCCACCUGGCAGGGCACGGAUCUGAUGCACAACCACGUGCUGGCCGACGUGGACCGGUCCUGUAUGGACUCUCCGGGCCGCCGUAGCAGCGUGUCGCGGCCAGAGUUUUCCUCUGACCUCUCGGAGGACUCUGACUAUGACUCCGUCUGGACCACCCACAGUUACAGGAUGGGCUCAGUGCCGCAGCCGCAAAAGGAAAAAGGGCUGCAUAUGAUCAUCCCUGGUGAUAAGAAAGUCCUGCUGGAGGGUCCUAGUCGCAACGGACAAAGUACAGCAGAAGAAAAGGGCCUGGUGGAUGUGGUGUACGCCCUGAGGGAUGAGGUUCGAGAGCUGAAACAGGAUAACAAGAAGGUGAAGAGGUCACUGGAGGAGGAGCAAAGAGCACGAAAGGAUUUGGAAAAAGUUGUGAGGAGGGUUUUAAAGAGCAUGAACGACCCGACAUGGGAUGAGACAAACCUCUGAGGACCGUGUGCACCAUCUGCAGCUGAAGCUUUAAAAGAAAAAAGAAAGAAUGAGCAUGUAUGUGUGAGCUUGCUUGCACUGUGUGUGUAAAAUGCAAACAAUCGCACACCUAAUGUAUGGUCGGUUGUGUGACUGAGAGGAUAAGGAGUGACUCUGUAAGCUGGUAAUUAUAAGAGGAGUGUGGGUUACUACCACUCUGGUUAAGAGACAGGAACCACAAUGCUGAACAAGCUCUAUUCCACUAAAACAUUUCUCAAUGACCAAGCAAGAUGGUGAGGAGAUUAUACACUUAACCCACUUCCAUCGUCGACUAUUGGAGGGGAGUGCUCCUCUUCUGUUUACAAUCAUAUAACUGGACGCUGUCCAAUGGUACUUUAAUUGUUUUAAUGGUCACAAAAGCCUUAGAAAAGUCUGAAAUUGAACCAUGACAUUUGAUAACCUCUAUUAUGUUAUUUAAUUUUGUAUGAAUUGAUUUUUGUUCCGUCUUAUCCUGACACAUGCUUACUCUUGUGUUUAGCACAAAGUUAAUCAUCUGCCAGGAAACUUAGCUUUUUUGUCUGUUUGAAUUUGUGCCUCGUUUUUGGACCUUUUUAUUGUUUUGACCACUUUGCUGUUUGACUUUCUUUCUAGGGAUCCUAGGGAAUUGUACAGAUGUUGAACGUGUACUGUAUAAUGUAAAUACUGCUAAAAGAUGAGCCUUUGUACUUUGGGAGAAAUAAAUGGUUUUUUUAAA